AUGUAUCGAUAUAAAAUUCCAAGUAUCGAAAAGGAGCGCGGGAACGCGAUGGCCUUCGCCCUCGGCGGGUUGGCGUUCGGCGUGCUAAUCGGCCCACCCUUCGGCGGUUUCAUGUAUCAGUUCUUCGGGAAGACGGCGCCUUUUCUCUUACUCGCACUACUUGCUUUAUUAGAUGGAGGUCUUCAACUGAUGGUUCUUCAACCAGGAUUCACGAGGACAGAGAAUGCAGCACCGUCUCUGAAGCAGCUCCUAACUGAUAAAUACAUUCUGAUUGCAGCUGGAGCCAUCACCUUUGCAAACCUCGGUAUAGCGAUGCUAGAGUCAAGUCUACCGAUCUGGAUGGCGGACACAAUGCAAGCCCAGCGGUGGGAGCAGGGCGUGGCCUUCCUGCCCGCCAGCAUCAGCUAUUUAAUAGGUACCAAUAUAUUCGGACCCCUCGGGCACGCUAUGGGUCGUUGGAAAGCGGCUUGCACCGGUUUGAUUGGAAUCGGAGUUUGUUUAAUGUUGAUCCCGAUGGCUCGCAAGCUGGAGCACCUGAUCAUCCCCAACGCUGGUCUCGGCUUCGCCAUCGGCAUGGUGGACUCGUCCAUGAUGCCGGAACUGGGUUUCCUGGUGGACAUCCGCCACGCUGCCGUCUAUGGAUCGGUUUACGCCAUCGGAGACACAGCCUUCUGCUUGGGAUACGCUGUCGGUCCUGCGUUCUCUGGGCUCCUGGUAAACGCGAUCGGCUUAGAAUGGAUGCUGGUCAUCAUUGCGCUGACGACCUUCGCUUAUGCUCCUCUCUUGAUGAUGCUGAGGUCUCCUCCGAGGAAUGAAGACAAUACGAGUCUACUGACCGAUUCCCGGGACACACACAUACGCUACCUGACCUACAAAAGCCAUGACAAUGAAUAG